CUGAAAGGUGAGAAGUCACACACUACAGAGUGACAGACACGCUUGCCAGCAUAGAUGGCAGCCUGCAAACCACUUGGAUCUGGUGAAGAAUGCAGCUUUGUGGAUAAAGAUGAAAUCUGGAAAGUUCAUGUCAAAAUAGAGCUUCAGUCAGCCAAAGCCUGGCCCAAUAAAUGGGGAUUCUUGACCAAGUCCUACAAGGAGAUGCAGGAGGAGAGCAACAAGCUGAAGGACGUUGUCAAAUUGGAGCUUCCCCAACAUCUUAAAACACGACCCCCUACCCCACCUGAGAAAUAUAUCCAAGUGGGACCCUCUCCCCCAGUUCCGCAGACCACCCAGGCUCAGAUUGGCUGGCGCUCGGCAGUGCCCGAGUUGCAGUUGGAGCGCUACGGAAAGGUCCAGUGUGGGAAGAAGAGCUUCCUGAAGGAGCUGGGCUGGGCCUUCGAUGCCUGCAGCUGAAGAAAAAAAAAACUAUUCUGCCAUGACACCUACCUCCUAGGCCUUGGCAAUGCCGUGCACAGACUCAAUAUUGAUGACUACUCAAUAUAUGACUUUCCCUUAUCCCCUGCUCCUUUUUGUCUUUGUCCUCCUCGCUUCCUCCUUUUUGUACUCACAUUCUCUUAAAUCCUAUGAAAUUAGCACUUUCAGCAUUUUUUUUAUAUUGAUAAAUUCUCACUAAUCAAUACAAAAUACUAUUAAUCAAUACAAUACUAUUAAUCUGCUCUUAUUUACUUCUGUCUCUCACAUUUAAUUUCAACACAAAUAUUGCAUACUAUAUCCAACAAAAUUACCACAAUGGGUGCUUGGUUAUUUUGAUCCAAUGACAAUCAUUUGAUUAUUUAUAGGAUAUUAUGUUCUCUCCUUUCAUUAUCCUGUAGUCAAUGGUGCUGUAUUCCCACAAAUGUAAUGUAAUUGUUAAGGUCCAACAUUUUCAUUUUGAGGAGGGAAUUUUAAACAAUGUUUGUUCCCAUUUGAUAUACUUGGUAUGAUUUUUUCAAUGGCAGUAUGAUUGACCAUGUAUCAAUAUCUUAUCUUGCAAUUUAGCCUAUAUUCUGUUCGGUUUCAUAAGAUUUGUAUAACAAAUUAAAGUAGACUUUAGGGGCUCUCGAAUGGCCGGGAGACCCAUGAGGCGGCGCACAAUUGGCCCAGCAUUGUCAGGGUUAGGGGAGGGUUUGGGAUUUCCUUGUCCCAUCGCACUCUAGCGACUGUGUUGCGGGCUGGGUGACUGCAAGCUGACUCCGAUUGCCAGCUGGACGGUGUUUCCUCCCAACACAUUGGUGCAACUUUCUUCCAGGUUAAGAGAGCAGUGUGGCAGUUGGCAGGGUCGUGUUUCGGAGGACGCACGGCUCUCGAUCUGACAGAUCUUCCCAAGUCUUUAGGGGAGUUACAGUGAUGGGACAAGACUGUAACUACCUAUUGGAUGUAUUCACAAUCUAUUUGUUUAUAUUAAAAAGUAUUUAAAUAGAAAAGCUGGGUAGCACUAUUUUAAAAAUAUAAACGCAAUACGUAAAAUAUUGGUCCCAUGUUUCAUGAGCUGAAAUAAAAGUUCCCAGAAAUUUUUCAGGUGCACAAUAAGCAUAUUUAUCUCAAAUGUCGUGCACAAAUUUGUUUACAUCCAUGUUAGUGAGCAUUUGUUCUUUGCUAAGAUAAUCCAUCCACCUGUCAGGUGUGGUAUAUCAAGAAGCUGAUUAAACAGUAUGAUCAUUACACAGGUGCUGGGGAUAAUAUAGGCCACUCUAAAAUGUGCAGUUUUGUCACAACACAAUGCCACAGAUGUCUCAAGUUUUGAGUGAGCGUGCAAUUGGCAAGCUGUCUGCCGCAAUGUCCACCAUAGCUGUUGCCAGAGAAUUAAAUGUUAAUUUCUCUAUCAUAAGCCACCUCAAACGUUGUUUUAGAGAGUUUGGCAGUACGUCCAACUGGCCUCACAACCACAGACCACGUAUUUGGCAUCGUGUAGACGAGCGGUUUUCUGAUGUCAACGUUGUGAACAGAGUGCCCCAUGAUGGCGGUGGGUUUGGGAUGCUCUGGAUCAACAUGUACGACAGUGUGUUCCAGUUCCCGCCAAUAUCCAGCAACUUCGCACAACUAUUGCAGAGGAGUGGGACAACAUUCCACAGGACACAAUCAACAGCCUGCUCAACUCUAUGCGAAGGAUACGUGUCGCAUAUUUGGGUCACAGAUUUCCCAAUAAUGUGAAAUCCAUACUUGUUGAGCACAUUCAUUCUGGCACAUGUCUUGCCCAUCAGUGCAACACAUAUGGCACUGUCAUAAUGAGCUUAAUGCAAGGCUACAGCUGCACUGACAUAAUUUUUGUUGUUGUUGCAAUUUACUAAUUCUACCUAAGGGCGCAACGCAUUACACACAUUCCAGAUCUACUAUUAUGAAGCUGCCUGGAAUACAAGCCAAACUGCUGUCUAACAGUAGAGGGGGAUAUGCCGAUUUCAUAAUAAUGAAAAUGAAGUUGGAUAAAAAUGUUUUACACUUCUGAAAUGCUACUAGGAAACUGUUACUAUUCUGUGGAUGUUCGAUGAAUUGAGGACAACUGAAAACAUGUUUUUGUUCUGGUUGUCAUUUAACCAUUGGGUACAUUUCAAUAUCCAUACUAGCAGAAAAUACCCAUACAUGCCCAAUACAUUGCUUUAUUCAAGGUGGUAUGAUAGAAUGGAUAUUGGUACAGAGCCACAUGCUAUGAUGGAUUGGCAGUUUGGCACACAGACAAUGCCCUGCUCUUAACCUUAGCCGGGUGACUCUUCCUCUCACACGUUCCCCCCAGUCUGCUAGACUAAAGUGGCAGACAGACACACUAGUGGGCCUGUCCCUGCACUGACCUUUCUACACAGCCAUACACCAGCUCUCCCGCGAUCUCGAAGUAAAAAGCCACAGACCUCAGUCACUCACGCAACAACAAAGACAGCCUCUAAGGGGCGAAGCCACAGGACUAUAUAAUUGUUUUCAAAGGCAUAACUUACAUUUUUAAUUGAAAAGGGAAUUGAAUGUUUUACAUUUUUCAAAAGGUUUUGUAAUUCCAAGCAGAUUAUUUUGCCUAUGUACCCACACCUUCACAUAAGUGUUUGUGUUGUUCCACAAUAUUAAAUCCACCCUUCACACUGAAACACAUGAUAAAAUAUGAUGCACAAAAUCCUUCACUUUGUAGCAUCAAAGAAAUACAUAAAGAUAUGCUAUGAUGCCCUCUCAUGUAUUAAAUAGCCAAAUAAACUAGAUGGUAACUCUACAUAAAGUAAAAUUGUGGGACUUUCUUAAUCUGUUCAAAAAUGUUCACUUAAACAAAGCAACUAAAAUAGAGUCAAAGUUAAAUGUACUAAAACAAUUGGUCUGAUUAGUUUGAUGUACCACUAGAUCAACUUUAUUACUUUGGAUUGUACGUCAGAUCACACAUUUCAUCAGAAAUAAACACUCGGACUAGUACACUUUUAUACACUCUCCUAGAAUACCACAGUAUAUGUAGUAUGUAAUAAUAGAGCACAGAAGACAAUGAGGCAUAGUUGAAGUUUUAAAUGAAUACCAAACUAUUUUUUACAAUGGAUUUGGACAAUGUGAAGGCCUCUGGGCUGGAGCUGGAUCAGUGGGAAGAGAGACCAGUGGCCGGAAAGGGGGAGCCCCAGCCCCCUGUUGGGUUCUAAGAAUCACUGAGGGAGAAAGGGUCAUGUAUAACAUUUACAUUAUGUCAGGAUAUGUUAUUGUUAGAGGGAUCCUCUGGGAGGAGAAGAGACACAGUCUGGUACCAGUCACCAUGACAGCCGUGAGUUGGGUUGGAGUGAGCACUUUGGGGAACAGAUCAGGUCAGAUGAAGUGAGGAAGACAGAUAUCACUAAGGUUCUGUCGGGUAACAGAGAUGCAUUGGCUGUUCAGUUGUGUAGGAGGAGACUCAACAUAGGAGAAAAGGUUAAAUAUCUGUGCUUGUGUGAAUAUGUCUGUCUGUUCAGCUGUUCGAUCCUUUGGGAUGAAUAAACUUGGUUUAAGCUUU